AUGGCGCGAUCAACUCAGCCACAUCCAGCGGCAGGGCUCUCCCCGCCGUCGCCGGCCUCGCUGGCCGCUGUGGUCGUGGCGUCGACGAAGGCUGACAAAAUGGGCAAAGAUCUGGCAUCGCACACGGACAAAGCCAAGCUGACGCUCAGAUCUAUGGCUCUUCUGCCGCACGAUGCGCUGGCUGGCGCCCCGUCCGAGGUUCAUGCUCUCCUCUCGUCGCUGGCACUCCACAUGGGGCACAUUAUGACCGUUCUCGCCGCGCCCAAGUACGACAGCGUUGCGGUUCUCCCGUCAUUCCCGCUACUUCUCCGCAUUGCGGCUGCACCGUUCCGUACUGCCCGUGCACUUGCGCCCGUGGUCUCACACUCGCCAAGCGCGGCAUCGACUGCGUGUGCGCGUGCCUUUGACGUUGCCGGCGUCACCGCUCUCGAAAUGAUCGAGGCGGCGCUAGUCUCGCGGCCGGCCUCGCGUGCUGCGCACAUGUCGUCAGCGUCGGCACCGCUCCUACUGUCGUUUGCUGCUCAGGUUCUCGACGGCGUGGUCGAGAUUGCCCACGACGGCCUUGCCUCGCUGCUCGGCUUUCUUGGCGCACUGGCGCGGAUGCUCCCACCGCAAGCCAUCGGUGACUAUCUCGACGUGCUCCUCCCGCCGCUCUUUCACCUCGAGGCUGCGCUGAGCACCAUUGCGCCGCACUCGUCGCUCCCCGAGUUCCGGGCCCGCAUCGCCGAUGUCUACGCCUUGCUCUUUGACUCGUGUCCACACGCACUCUGUGCGGCGUUUGUUGAGGCCUCUGCAUCGAAGGACAAGCUUGUAGCGACUGCAGCUAGCUCGUACGUUCUCCUUCACUGGCGCGACGUGUGCUGCGUCACUGAGCUGCAACCUGCGCAGCUCUUUGCGCACACGCUUGCAUCUGCUGCGCCAGACUUUGGCUCCAUCCCGAUUCCCGUCAUCGAUCUCGGCGGGCCGUACGUCCAUGCGGUACUUUCUGCCGUGCUUGACUCGCCGGACAACGAUCCGCUCCUUGCCGCGCUCCUGCCGCACCUAUCGCCGUUCGUCGCACCGCACGCAACGGUGUGGAUGGCAGAGCGGCUGGCUAACUCUGCGACGCCGCAUCCCAAGCGGCUGCUCAAGAUCUAUGUUCGGCUGAUGGAGACAGGCGGGCCGACGCUGGCGCUCGAUCUUGCGGCCACCGUGUAUCCGCUUAUGUCGUCGUCUCCACUGUGGAGCGGACAGAGCUUGGCGAUGGCGAGGGCGGUCAAGACAACGCUCCGUCUCACACCCUCGGUCUUCUACGGCCCGUUUGCCGCCGCACUCUCGGCCGGCUCUGGAGUCGCCGCUCAUGCGCCCACAGUUGCACUCCUCAAGUACCUGCUCUCGCUGGAGGACCUGUUUGGGCCUCUCGGACCGCUCACCUACCUCCCGGCGGACGUGCUCGCGUCAGCGCUCGAGUUGACGCCUCUGGCCUUUGGCACGCAUGCCUUGCUCCACUACGCUGGGAUCUGGGUGGCAGCGCGGCGGGCGGCCAAAGACUCUGGCGCGUCCUUUCAACGGCUUGUUGCUCACGUCGGAAUGUGGGAAGCGGCAAUUGCGUGCGUGCUUGCGGCAGCGACGCCGUCGCCGGGCACUCUGUGGAUUCAUCCCAUCCCGACUCGUGUCCUCAUUGUUCAGCUCUGGUACCAUACUCGCAAGCUGGCGCGGACGCCGCUUGGUCCAGUCUGGUCGUCGAUUGCACUCGCCUGGCUCGGCGAAGCCGUGGCCGCACUCGGUGACUCGGUCCUCACUCCAGCAGACGCGGCACUGUGGAGCGCGCUGAGUGAAGCAACCCACGCUGCGCACCCGCCGCUCGGCCACAUCCUUCCGCGACUUGAUGCGCACCUCUCGGGGAUCCUGCGGCUGUUCAAGGUCAUUAUGAUCCACCUCCAACCACCGGAGCUCGAUGAGCUGCUCGGUCCGCUGUGGACCCUCCUUAACAGCGCAUCGUACGAUGCAGUCCAAAACGCUCUCUUUCUGCUCCUCUUUGCGCUGCGGCACAAAGACUACGGGCCAUCGGCCAACGCGCGGCUGCAAUCGCUGUUUGAUCCAGCCGCUACGCCCGAGCCGGGUAACCGGGUGGCGGCGCUGGAGCGGUUUGUGGUUGUUUGGAAUCAUCGACACUUUCUUGCCCGCAAAGAGGGCGUCAUUACCAAGAGGCGCGAGUACUCGCAUAUCCCGUUCCAGCCUACGCGGGUCGGCUCGCUUGACAUGUCGGUCCGCUCGCAGUGGGAGGCGUCGAGCUCGGCGCAUGCGGUGUACACGCCGGCAGCAACGGUGGCGUUUGAAGCGACAGAUGUGUUCAAUGGCGAGCGCGGGGCACGCGCGCGGCUGGCUUCAGCGGCGCUAGCGUCUGAAGCAACCCACGCUGCGCACCCGCCGCUCGGCCACGUCCUUCCGCGACUUGAUGCGCACCUCUCGGGGAUCCUGCGGCUGUUCAAGGUCAUUAUGAUCCACCUCCAACCGCCGGAGCUCGAUGAGCUGCUCGGUCCGCUGUGGACCCUCCUUAACAGCGCAUCGUACGAUGCAGUCCAAAACGCUCUCUUUCUGCUCCUCUUUGCGCUGCGGCACAAAGACUACGGGCCGUCGGCCAACGCGCGGCUGCAAUCGCUGUUUGAUCCAGCCGCUACGCCCGAGCCGGGUAACCGGGUGGCGGCGCUGGAGCGGUUUGUGGUUGUUUGGAAUCAUCGACACUUUCUUGCCCGCAAAGAGGGCGUCAUUACCAAGAGGCGCGAGUACUCGCAUAUCCCGUUCCAGCCUACGCGGGUCGGCUCGCUUGACAUGUCGGUCCGCUCGCAGUGGGAGGCGUCGAGCUCGGCGCAUGCGGUGUACACGCCGGCAGCAACGGUGGCGUUUGAAGCGACAGAUGUGUUCAAUGGCGAGCGCGGGGCGCGCGCGCGGCUGGCUUCAGCGGCGCUAGCGUCGUCUCGGUCGCCAUCGGCUGCAAACCGGGCGCCGCCGCCGCCGCCACCGACGCCGCCGACAGGCCUCACCAACAGCGCACACGGGCGGCGUGGCGGAGCCAACGGCGCGGCAGAUGACUCGCCGUCGUCGCUCGACCUCACCAACUUGCUCUCGCGACCGCUAGCCACGUCGGACGACCUUCCGCAGUGGCUGCAGGACAUGCAAGCCGAGUUGCUGGCCAUGGAGCGGAUGCACGCCAACUCGACAACUGCCGAAAUCUAUGCUGAAGACGAGUUCUCGUCGCGGGCUUCGUCGCGAAUCCGUGACGAGACUCGGGCACGGAUUGCCCGCCAGCGGACCCGACUGGCGUCGGGCUCUAUUGCGGUCCACGUCUCCAAGUACCACCAGAAGCUUGCCGCCAUCGACCAGAUGUACUACGCCGACCUCGAGGCCAAGCGGAAGCACAAGCGGAGCGCAGCGCAUGGAGCGGGCGGAGAGGCGAACGAGGAAAAGGGCACAACGUUUGGCGACGACUCGAUUGUGUUGGGCGGUCCUCGGCCGCUGGACGACUCGUGGGAUUCGGACGACGAGUUUGAGGCCUCCGACGACUCGCGGACAUCGACGGAGUCUCUGCAUCGUUUGCGGCGACUGCGGCUCCCGCACUCGCAGCUUUACCAUAUUGUCCACACCGAGUCGGGGGUCGAGCAGGUGGCGAUUCGGCAGGGCUACGGGCUCUCGCCGGGCUCGGCCGGCGGCGGCGGAUAUGGCGGGAUCGACGGGUGUGGUAGUGGCGGCGGGCGGCGGCGGGUGAGCUCGGCGAUCGGCUCGGCGUCACCCGGAGUAGGCGUGGAGGGGCCAGCCGGUGCAGCUCCAUCGUCUGUGACGGUUGUGGGCUUGGACGGUCUUAAUCCUGCGUUUCUACAUGCAGAGCCAGAAGCGUUUGAGUUUCCGCGUGCCUUUGGCCAGCUCAUUUCGUGGGUGGUCUCCUCGAUGCACGAUGACGAUCGGGCAGUGGCGACGCUUGCGGUGGCGGUAGUUACUGACUGUGUGGCUCAGAACGCGCCGCUCUUUCUGCACUACAUCUUUGAGUCGAUUUUUGACGCCGUCGACGAGCCAAUGGCACAAGAGGCACACCUAUCAACGCUGGCAACAAUCCGGGCAUCACUUGUCGAGAUCACGCCCGAGUUUGCGUAUCACACCUUCAACUACCUGCUUGGGCUCUGUCUCUGGUACAAGGCGCAGGCACGCGACGUGGACGUCAUCUCGGCGAUGGUGCUUCCGCUCAUGGCUCGGCUCAUCCCGCACAUUCCCGGCUUUUCACUGCGGGCUCUGCGGCGCGAGCGAGGCGAGUUUCUACUCUCGACGCUACCGUCGGUGUACGCGACGUCGGCGCGGGAGCGCGAUCGCGCUGCGGCGCGCAAGCGAAAGCGGGACAUGCUGGCGUCGCGCGGAGCGGCCCAGAUUCGCAAGUCGACGCCGCCAGGCACGGUAGCUGCUGCGUUUCUCGCGGUGCCCUCGCGACACGACACCCAGCGCGACCACGACGUGCUGGUCCAGGCGCGGAUUCUCGCAAGUCGGUCGGUGUGGCGGCCGCCACUGUGGUUCGAGACGGCGGCGCUCGAUGUGGCCAAGCUCACGUUUAUGCACGCGCUGCUUGAGGCGCUCUCGUUCGAGGUGCUGUACUUUGAGGAGAUUCUCUCGCGGCCGUUUGCGCACACCCACCUCCUCCGAGUCGCCGCAAGCCCGGCUGGCUCUGGCCUAGCAAGCAGCCGCGGCGGCGGGCCGCGCUCGGGCUCACUCUCGCCGCUGGUCUCGUCACGAGCCGGACCGAACGGCAGGCCGGGGGUGGAAGUGCCGCAGCGGACCGGGCCGGCGUCGUGGCUCGACGUGGCGAAGGAGCCGCCGCCGCCGCCGCCGCCGCCGGGGGUGCAGCUUGUGGAGCGGAUGGGACUUGAUGCGGUGGCAUGCGUCCAUGGCACCAAGCUGCGCGUGUGGCUCCGGCUAGUGCGGCAGCUCCUGGAGCUGAUGCCGUGUGACUCGCGGCGGCUUGGGCCGCUGAUGUCGUGCGUGACGCGGCUAAUGCAGAUGAGGUCGGACGACGAGAGUGUGGUGCGGCUUGCACUGGACGUCUUUGUGUGCGCUGUGCCGCGGUUCACACUCUUCUUCCGCAAAUCAGACGGCUAUGCGCUGGUACUGCCGCCGCUGCUCGCGCUUUAUGCGCGGGUCGGCUUCCACCAGGUCAUUCGAUCGCUCAUCGAGGACGCGUGGCUGCUGCUGCUCUCGUACGCGCCGCGCACGUUUGUGCUCCAUGCGCUGGCGGCACUCGGAACGCCGUCAGCGGCCGGGCAGUCCGAGGCGACGGUCCUGCUGGAGCUGCUGGUCUCGGGCAUGCCGCUUGCGCUAGGCGCGACGGCCGAGGCCGGGCAGCCCGCGCACUCCCGCGACCAUGUGGCGUCGCGGGAGAACCUUGUGCGGCUUGUGGUCUCUGUCGUUGCACUGGACCCGUUCUCGUCGCGGACGCUGGCGUACCUGGGCAUCCUGCACCGCUUGCUGCCGCAGCUGGUCGAGACAGCGACGUUUGCGGGUGCGAUGUGGAGCGCGCCGUUUGAGGCGCUGUUCACUGCGCUUGAUGCAGCGUUUUCCAAGCCGCGCGCGCUGGUCGGCUUGCCGCUCGCAAACGGAGUGGCACUGCUUGAGGUUGUAGCCCGGUUCGCGCGGCUGGGUGGGAGCUUCUCGUCGGCGCACGCGAGAAUGGUACGCCGGGUCAUGGGUACGAUGCUCUGUGCGUCGACGCCAAGUGCGCUGGCCGAGGCCGGCGAGGGGCGUGGCGGCAGCCGCGGUGGCGGAAGACCGCAGGACGAGGGAGAGCCGUUGGAGAGCCAACGGAGCAGCAGCUCCGAGGCCGCGAGCGCGUCGGUCGGCCUCGAGUGGUUCAACGAGCGGCUGGUGGAACGGGCGCUUGCGGCCGGCGACGCGUCGCCGCAGCUCGGGGCGAUGCUGGACGCAGUGGCGCUGGCUGUGGUGGACUUUGUGCAAGGCAUGGCACAGUGGCCGGGCUCGGGCGUCCUGCUCGCUGGCUUGCGCACGCUGCUGCAGCGGUAUCCCCACCGGCUCUCGCUCAACGUGUCUGCGCAUGUGGUGACGCCACUGUUCCCGCUGACACUUGCGGCGCACACGGCAGCGUCUGUCCGCGACGCGCUGAUGCUCCUUGUUGUGGCGCUGCUAGAGGCGUCCGACUUUGACGUUCUCCCGCCACUAGUGAGCGCGCUGGCCAAGCUGGUGCCAACGCUCGCGUCGACCGGGUACAAGACUAGCUCGCGAGUGUGGGCCAAGCUGGGGCGGACGCUCGGCAAGGCACGGCGCAAGGCGCGGAUCCCAGAGCCAAGCAGUGGUGGGCUGCCGCUCCCAAUUGUGCUCCGGGUCCUUGUCCCUGUGGCGCUGUACUACGGAAGCGGUGAGCAUGCCACAGCACACGCGCCACACCGGCACUGGCCGCAGCUCCUCCGACUCCUCCUUCCGACGCUGCACGAGCCAGACACGCCUGGGUUUUGCGUGGCAGUCCUCGCGCUACGGAGCAUGCUCCUCCGCGGCUCGCCAUAUGUGGUCUCGACAUGGCCGGCGGCGGCGGUGGCCAUCAAUCGGGCGCGCGAACUCCGUGGGCUCGUAAGGUUUGCCCUCUCUGCGCCGGCGCUGCGCAGGCUCGACGCGGCGCUGGCAAACGGCCCAGCAUCAUCUGCAGAGCUACGGUCCGAGUGGCUCACGCUCUGCUCACGGCUGGCGUCGUUUGAGCGGCACGUCCUUGGCUACGACCUUGACUCUGAGCCGGCGCCCUCGUUCUCAGCGUCGACGGCUGCGUUCCAAGUUCCGGCGAUUGCUAUCACGACGGCGACGCCGGUCAAGACUGCUCGGGCUGCGUUUGAGGCAAGGGCCAUGCGCCGCAACAAGAGCGCUGACGAGCCGCUUGCGGGCUUUGCCUACGGCAAGGGCCAGCCUGCCUACUGCUACCACGGGCCGCUAAUGUAUGAAGCCAAGAUCCGUGACGUGAAGCUGUCUGCUGAGCGGGUGCCUAUGUACCUUGUUCACUAUCGUGGGUGGAACGAGGCAUGGGAUGAGUGGGUCAACGAAGGCCGGCUCCGGCCCUACAUCUACGACGUCCAUCUGGAUGUGGUGGCGGCGAGGACCCAGGCGUCGCGCGACUACAAAGCCCAGCAGGACAAGCUCAAGGCAGAUGCCGCAAAGGUGGAUGCCAAGUCAAAGGCGUCAAAGGCGGCAAGGAUGACCAAGAUUGUCCUCAAGUCGUCGUUCUCGGCUCCGUCAUCAAAGUCCCGCAAACGCAAGGCCUCGGCCUCGGCCUCAGACUCGGCGAGCAAGCGCGCCAAGCCGUCAACGUCUGCAAACGCGUCAGCAGUGGAAAAGGCCCGCGCCGAGCUGGAGAUGGAUCUGCCUGAGCUGCUGGUCCAGUUUCUGCUCUCGGACGCCGAGUUUGUGACCAAGGAGAAAAAGUUGGUGAGCCUGCCGCGGACGCCGACGGUGUCGUCGGUUCUGCGCUCGUUUCUUGACGCGCUCGGCGUGACUGGCCUCGACCCGCGCAUUGCCAUCAUCGACGGCUUGCGGUCGCUGUUCAACCUCGCGCUUCCGCUGCGGCUACUGUACCGGUUCGAGCGGCUGCAGUUUAUCGAGUCGGUCCGCGACGGCGCCAACACGCCCGACGCCGCCGACGUCUAUGGUGCUGAGCACUUGCUGCGGCUCAUUGUCCGCCUCCCGUCGAUUGUCGAUCCGAUGGCGUACUCGCCGGACGAGCGUUCACUGCUUGCCUCGUGCCUGCAGGACCUUGUGCAGUUCCUCGAGGCCAACCCGCACGUCUUCCUCGACGUUUACGAAACGCCGACGCCGGCGUACCUGCGUAUGAACGGAGGCCCGUAGCAGACUCCCAUUCCCCUACUCGCGACCAUGUGCAACAAGCUGGGUGCCGUAAACGGUUUAUGUCUGCAAAAGGAAGGUGUCCGCUGGCCUACGCCCAGGCGAACAUGAUGGAAAGGAGGCCGGC